GCAGGAACCUGGGAGGGGUGAGUGCCCUGAAUUCCCGCCCCCUUAAGCACAUCUGACAGCCGAGGGUGUCAAGCGGAGAAGCAGUCAUAUGACUUGGACACAGAUGGGGAGCUAAGUGUGUAGUGAGGGAAACAGAAGAAUGGCUCGCUGCUGGGGGAGAUAGUGUAACUUUACCAAAAAAAUGCCGCCCACUCUCUUCCAGAAGCUUUUUAGUAAGCGCAAUGGGCAGGCGUUUCCCAACAGGGACCCGAGAGAAGACUAUGUUUUCAGCUGGCCUUCACCGGAAUUUGACCCAAGCCAAAUCCGCCUGAUCGUUUACCAGGACUGUGAAAAACGAGGGCGAAAUGUCUUGUUUGACUCAAACACCAAGCGCAAGACAGAUGAUUUGUCUGUAUCGAAACUUGUGAUUGAUGCUCAGGUGAAAGUGUUGGGGAAAUGCUGCCAGCUCAAGCCAGGAGGGGACAGCUCGACAUCUUUGGACAGUUCAACAAACUCCCUGGCAUCUGACACUAAAGAGCAGUGCCCAAAGUACCAGGGAUCUCGGUGCCCUGCUGAUGCCAGCAUGCUUGGAGAGAUGAUGUUUGGGUCAGUAGCCAUGAGUUACAAAGGUUCCACUCUGAAAAUACACCAAAUACGAUCUCCUCCCCAGCUUAUGCUAAGCAAAGUAUUUACUGCACGAACUGGGAGUAGUAUCUGUGGAAGUCUUAAUGCACUUCAAGACAGCUUUGAGUUCAUCAACCAGGAUCAAAACACCUUAAAGGCAGAUAACAGCAGCAUCAUGAAUGGGCUUCUUGGGAAUAUAGGUCUGUCUCAGCUUUGCAGCCCCAGACGGGCAUUCUCAGAGCAGGGUCCGCUCCGUCUGAUCAGGAGUGCCUCUUUCUUUGCAGUCCACAGCAAUCCUAUGGACAUGCCUGGAAGAGGAUUUAAAGAUGACAGAGACAGUGGCAUAGCAAGAUCUGCUUCCCUCAGCAGCCUUCUUAUAACACCGUUUCCUUCACCAAGCUCCUCCCUUAAUAGCAGCUGUGCCAGUAGUUACCAACGCCGCUGGCGUCGUAGUCAAACUACAAGUCUGGAGAAUGGGGUCUUUCCAAGAUGGUCCAUCGAAGAAAGCUUUAAUAUGUCAGAUGAUGGCUGUGGACCCAAUCUGGGAAUUGCUCGAAAAAAGAAAAUUGCCAUUGGAGUUAUAUUUUCGCUGUCAAAAGAUGACGAAGAAAAUAACAAGUUCCAUGAGUUCUUCUUCUCUCAUUUUCCACUUUUUGAGAGUCACAUGAACAAACUCAAAUGUGCAAUAGAGCAGGCUAUGAAAAUGAGCCGCAGAUCUGCAGAUCCAAGUCAGAGAAGCUUAGCGUACAACAAAAUUGUAGAUGCCUUAAAUGAUUUCAGAACAACAAUAUGUAAUCUUUACACAAUGCCAAGGAUCCCAGAGCCUGUUUGGUUAACCAUGAUGUCCGGGGUGCCUGAGAAAAACCACCUUUGCCAGCGCUUCAUGAAGGAAUUUGUCUUCCUGAUGGAACACGCUUCAAAAAACCAGUUUCUACCAGCUCUGCUCACUGCUGUUCUCACAAACCAUCUGGCAUGGGUUCCUACUGUCAUGCCUAAUGGACAGCCCCCCAUAAAGAUUUUCCUUGAGAAGCAUUCAUCUCAGAGUGUCGACAUGCUGGCAAAGACUCACCCUUAUAACCCUUUAUGGGCACAACUAGGAGACUUAUAUGGAGCGAUUGGAUCUCCUGUUCGGCUUGCUCGGACGGUGGUUAUUGGAAAACGCCAAGACCUUGUGCAGAGGUUGCUCUAUUUCCUCACAUACUUCAUCAGGUGCUCUGAACUUCAAGAGACUCAUCUCCUGGAAAGUGGAGAGGAUGAGGCUAUUGUUAUGCCUGGUACAGUCAUUACUACCAUGCUAGAGAAAGGAGAGGUGGAAGAAUCGGAUUAUGUUCUGAUUACAAUGCACAAAAACAAGGGCUGUUUGUUAACUUCAGAUCCAGAUGAAUCUAAACCACUUGGAAAUAGGUGCCAGUGUUGCCAGUGUCCUCUUACUGACCAGCAAAAUAAUAAAGAUGAAGCCACUCAAGAAAACAGUGAUGCUCAUAGAUCAAAUAAAGAUCUAAAGGAAACUGCUUUAAAGGGGAGUCAUUCUGUUCCUACAGCCACUUGCCGGGAAGAAACUGCUUAUGCUAAACUGUACAAAGAUAAAUCACUAACUCGCUUCGAUACAAAGAUAGAGACAGUAAUUAACAUAGGAUCAGCUGCCAUAGAUAAAAAUGCUCUGGCUGUAACAGGCAUUGAGCCAGACUGUAAAGUGGAGAAGGGCGAGGAAUUUCUGGACUCUGAGAGCUUGUCAGUCAAAGGAAUACAGACUAAUGAAAUAUCUGUAGAGAAAAAGCCUCCCGAUAAGACCCAGUCAGCAGCAAUGCCUUGCAGUUCUGGCCAUCCACUGAACAAGGUGACAUUUUUGAUUGGGGAUUCUAUGUCACCUGACUCAGAUAUAGAAAUUAAAAGCCAAACUGUAGCAGAUCAGAUUAGCAAGCACCACCUUAAACCAGGACAGGAGGAUAGGACAGUUGCUGAGGAAAGUAGUGAAAGAAUACAGGUGGCCGAGGACCAAAAAACUGGUGGUACAUCAAGUGAAGUGAAGCUUCCCAGAGUGGCAGCUAAAUCUCAGAACUGGAAAUGUUUUCAUCCGGAAAUGUUUGAUGAGUAUUUUCCAGAGGAUGGCUCUAUUGAAGCGAAAAUCAUUGAUGAUAUUCCAAGGGAGGAGAUGAAAGACAGAUCUGACAGUGACAUUAGCUUAGAAACUCCUAACAGCUUUUGUAAGGAAGAGAAAACAAACUGUAAUUUACUGACUUCUGUUCAUGUGAAUUUAUGUAAAAAAUGCUCUGCUGAGCAGGACCAAAGAGACCAAGUCUCUGUAUCUAUCCCCCAUGGGGAUAAAGACUCUGAAAAGAAAGCCACAUCUGGCGCUGACUGGGACAUUCCAAGGAAUGAGAGUUCAGACAGUGCUUUGGGUGAUAGUGAGAGUGAAGACACAGGCCAUGAGCUUCUCAGGCCCACUAUUAAUUAUUACGGGCCUGAGCAAGAAGAUUGGAUGGAAGAAGAAGAAAUGGCUUUUCCUGGGUCAAAAUUGGUAGAGGUCAAUUCUGUGAAGCCCAACAUUGCCAAUUUCGGAAGGUCAUUGCUGGCUGGCUACUGCUCGUCCUAUGUACCAGACUUUGUUCUGCAAGGGAUAUCAAACGAAGAAAAGCUGAGGCAGUGUCUGAUGUCAGAUCUAUCACAUGCUGUACAGCAUCCAGUCUUGGAUGAGCCCAUUGCGGAGGCUGUCUGCAUUCUCGCAGACGUUGAUAAAUGGACAGUCCAGGUGGCCAGUAGCCAGAGAAGGACAACUGAUAACAAACUGGGCAAGGAGGUGCUGGUAUCCAGUCUUGUCUCCAGUUUACUUCAUUCCACGGUCCAACUGUACAAACACAACUUGUCUGCAAACUUUUGCAUCAUGCACCUGGAAGAUCGACUCCAGGAACUGUAUUUCAAAAGCAAGAUGUUGUCGGAGUAUCUGAAAGGGCAGACAAGAGUUCAUGUUAAGGAACUGAGCUUGGUGCUGGGAAUUGAAUCCAGUGAUCUUCCAUUGUUGGCAGCUAUUGCUAGCACCCACUCUCCGUAUGUUGCACAGAUACUCCUUUAAAGGAACAGCAUCGGUAGUGGGUGUAUGCACAUGAAGAGGACAGAAUUGAUUCGACCUUCUAAAGGCACUUGGACAGAAUAAUAUUGCCCCGCUGGUCUACAGACUUGCAGUCAAAAGGGAAAGAGGAUGUGGCUCUCACGUGCUCAGAAUCAUGCUUUUCCCUCAACAAUAAGUGAACAGUAAUUUACAUUAUUUUUUUUAAUAGAGAGAACUUAAGAAGCAAAGCGCACUCUUUUCUGAAAACUGGCGGAGUUGUCAACUGUUUUUAAUCUCAUUUCAAAAACUAUUUUUCUGCCUCCCAGGAUUGUUUUGGAUACAGUUUUAUAAAAUAAUACUUUAAAAAAAAAAAAAAUAAAAUAAAAAAUAGUAUAUUGUAAAUAAUUGUAUAGAGAAAGACGAACAAAUGUUAAUGCCACAAAUGUUUGCAACUUGGCUGGUGAAUUCUAGUUACAUGAAAAACCUUUCUAUUUCUGUAAAUAAAUGAGGAAAUUCCUCCACUCCCCCCCCAAAAAAUCUUAAAAUAACUUCUAAAAUAGAAACAAACCACUAGGGAGUCUAAGUUUGCCUUUAAUGCUGCUAAGGUUCUAGCUGUACAAGCAAUAUGGAUUACUUUAACCAAAGAAUCUGCUGUUAAAAUAUACAAAAAACCACCACCUCGCUGGUAAAGUUGGCACCAGUGUACAACCUAUUAUGGAAGAAAGCAAAACAAUACUGCCAUCCCAUAAUGCACCCCCCUCCACAGUUUUUUAUUUAUGUUACUAACUUAUACAGUGUUGUCUUCUGUUAUACAAGGGAUCCAGUCUGUUAAAUGUUGUUUUAGCAAUCACAUCUCUCCUGCAUCUAUAAUUAUUGAACUGCAACGAUGCAGGAAGGAAGGAACAGUCGCAUGACUACAAGGAUACAGCCACAGAGAAAUGGUUACUCUAACACUGUUUUUUUCUUUCAGGCACGCAUCACUAUGAUAUAAUAUAGGAAAGGCUGAAGAGAAGAGCCUAUAAAAAUGUAAAAAUCUUUUUUUGAAAGUAUAUUAUUGUGUCUGUGGGGUUAGCACUGUUGCCUUGCAGGAGUGGAUUUCCUUUGGAUGCUCUGGUUUCCUCCCACACUCCAAAAACAUUCAGGCAGGAUCAUGUAUAAUCAUGUGCCAUGUAAAUGUGCCAGCGCUGUACAAAGGAUAAUGAUGCUGAUUCGCUUGCCCAAUAUACUUGCACUGCAUUAAAAUGAAUGCAGGUUUUGUCUCCUUUUGCACCUCUAUAGACCAGGUCCCAGUUCUGCACAUCAUUGCAAGAUUUCUGCCACAGCAAUCAAUGAAAUUCAUCUCCUUAAAGAUUUUCUGACACAACAGGGGUGUGUUUCUGUGCAUUUGAGUCACAGGGUGGGAUGCACAUAAGCAAAUCGAUUCCAUUUUUUUUCUUUAUUGUUCCCACAAACCUUUAGACUUUUCAGCAUUUUAGUAACCUUCCUCCACAGUCUUUAUAGAUGCAAUAGGCUGUGGGUUUAUGCAUUUGCAUAUGCAUUCCUAUAGCGCAACAGAAAUAUACACAUUUUGAUGCGUUCAGCAUACACUUCUCAUAUUAAAACACCUUUGUGUAUGGUACAGGCCCUAAGCCACAUGUAAGUAUUCUGUUGCGCACAGAGGAUUUUGUGUGUGCAUUUAGUUUUGAGGUAGGCAGGAGAGCUAGCAUUUGUGCACGCAAACUAAAAGAGAUUAGUGGGACUGUUAUUUUUUCACAGUCAUUUGAGCAAUGACCUCUCUUAAAUCAGAUGCACAGCAGAGACUGUUCAUUGUUACCCCAGUACAACAUGUUCGUAUUAGGGAUGCACCAAAGUCACAAGAGGCAUGGAUUCGGCCGAAUCUGAAUCCUGCUGAAAAAGGCCAAAUCCUGAAUUUGGCGCAUCCCUAGUUAGUAUAGGAAACACCUGAAUUUUCAUGAAAAUGACAUUGACAGAGAGAAAAUAGACAUACAAGUUUUGGUGGGGAAAAGCACCAACUUCAGUGCUUUGGGAUGGACUGUGCAAAGGUAUAAAAUGGAAGAAUAAAAAUUGAGUUUUCACUAAGAAAUUGCCAUAUUGUAUAGUUAGGAGAAUUUGUUUACAGUUCCUUUACAUGUUUCUAUGCAUCUUGUAGCAGUAGAGUAAAUGAAUUAGGAUUUCUGCAUUUACCCGUUUUCUACCCAGUCAGGCUGCUGUGUCAACCUUGGUCCAUUCCUGCCAAACCUUUCCUCCAGCAUUGGGCACUUUGUACAGCUAUGCUACCAUUUUUCCUCUUUAUUUUCAACAACUUUAUCCCAUAUAAUAAUGAUUAUGAGAGUGGAACCAGGGUGUCAGGUUCUCUGUUUGCCUGUUGGGAGGCUCAUUCUGACACUAUUUACACCUUUAAUGGUACCUGAAAAACUACCUUGAAUAGGAAAAGGGAUAAAUGCUUCUAUACUAGCUGUGCCACAAAACAAAUGUUCAUCUACAGAUCCAUUAGCAGCUUAAGACUGUUGUGGGUAUUACAGGGUGUACAUGAAAACAUGAUAUAUAUAUAUAUAUAUAUAUAGUUGUUUAAUUGGGGCCCCUUUCACCCAGUGCUUCUGUAUUUUAACCCCAUUUAAAAGGAGAAUCAGAUUUUUCCUCCCCUCGCAAGGUACAGCAACUAUAGCAUCUUUAUUGUAGCGCAUAUUUUCCUUUCUAGUGAUUAUUUGUUCCCUGCAGGAUAGGGCCACGCAUUAUUACACACUAUAUUGCCCACUGCCACAUCUAACAAUGACUCCAUUAUUCAUAAGGUGCUUCUAUUGCUUAAUGCACAAGCUUCUCCGUAUCCCUCUUUCUUUCCCUUUGGAUACAGACUAGUGGCACAUGAAUAUGCACACAUGGAGUGCAGUCAGAAGCUGCCUAUAAAUAUGUAACCAUGCAGCCAGGUCCCCUGCUAUCUGCUUUAUUUGCAUGCAGUACACACCACUAAUAAUACAUGUAUUCAGUUGCUGAAGAAAUGCUUUAUUUGUAUUCGCAUAUAUGGAAUUUGUGGUUUAAAACUGUAAAUACUGUGCAAUUGUGAUAAAGUGAUAUGAAUGGCAUGUAUAUGAUCUGCUACCCUGAAUGCUUGGGACGUGGGGCCUUUCCAGAAUAUGAAGAAAUAUUCCUUAGGGCUAUGAAAAGACAUUUAAACCUAAAAGGAUCCAAUAAAUAAACCUGGUAUGAUUCUGGAUUUAUUAUGCAGUUUAGUUACCAUCAGGUACUGUCAGUUUUAUUAUCAUAGAGUCAAAGGAAAUAAGUGAAAAUGGUCAGUGAUUUGUUUAAAUACAAGACUAUGGGGAAUUUCUGUUUUUUUUAAACUUUUUAUAUAACAGGUUUCUGCAUAAUAGGUCCCAUGCCUGUACUACAAAGAAGGUUCCUUGGAUUGUGUAAGCUAUGUAAAUAAUAAGACCUUGCAAGGAUAGUAACUAUGCUAUUACAGUUCUCAAUAUGUUAUCCAUAUGUACAUUGAUAGAGCAGCAGGUUGCCUGGUGGUUCUGUCUCAUUGCCUGCUAUACCUUGAGGCGGUGUCCUGUAACCACUGACAGUCGGCUGAGGGUGCAAAGGGCUUUUUUAAUAUUCCAGUGCCCAUUUAAAAUGUAAGAAAAACCACUGUGGUAAUAUUUAUUCUGCUUCUGUACAGAAUUCUAUUUUCAUAAAUCCAGUGCAAGCAUCUGAUUCUAAAGGAAAAGACUUCUCCGCCGGCUUGCUAUGCAGAUUAACGAAGCACAGAGCCCUAAUUAGCAGGAGCGGGUGCUGUUUAUAUCCGCGUGUGUGUAGAGGUCACUUUUCUAACUGGCGCUUAACAUUAUUUAUUAUGACUUUUACAAUAGAGAGCAUCGUGCACUUGACCAAAAUGGUGGUAAUCAGUUUUAUUUUUUGUUAUGUCUUAAUUAUCUAACUAAAGUAUCAACUUGUCCUUUGUGUAUUUUAUGCCUUUUUUUGGAUUGAAAAUAGCUUAUAUUUUUUGUUUGUUUGUUUGCUUUCUUUAAAUUAUUUAGGGAAAUCGUGUACAAUGUACAGAGCAGUCUUCCUUUGUAAAUAGUUCCAGUAAUGUGCACUGUAUCAUAUUAACCAUACCCAAUUUUAUGGGGAUCUUUUGUGCAAUAAAUACAGUCUGUCAGUAUA